AUGUUCGAAGCACGUCUUCUCCGUAGUUCUAUCCUGAAGAAAGUACUGGAAGCGAUCAAGGAUCUCCUUACUCAGGCAACUUUUGACUGCGAUGAUAAUGGUAUACAGUUGCAGGCAAUGGACAAUUCACAUGUGUCUCUUGUAUCACUCACCCUGAGAGCCGAUGGAUUUGAUAAGUACAGAUGUGAUAGGAACAUCUCCAUGGGAAUGAAUCUCGGCAGUAUGUCCAAAAUCCUUAAGUGCGCUGGAGACAAGGACACUGUAACAAUGAAAGCCCAAGAUAAUGCCGACACAGUCACCUUUGUAUUUGAGAGCCCUAACCAGGAAAAGGUUUCCGAUUAUGAAAUGAAGCUCAUGAACUUGGAUUUAGAACAUUUGGGCAUCCCAGAGACAGAAUACAGUUGCACAAUUCGAAUGCCGAGCGGUGAAUUUGCAAGGAUUUGUCGUGAUCUGUCACAGUUUGGUGAAUCUAUGGUGAUCUCUUGUACUAAGGAAGGAGUAAAGUUUUCAGCGAGUGGUGACAUCGGCUCGGCAAAUAUAAAACUAGCUCAAACAGCUUCUAUUGAUAAAGAGGAGGAAGCCGUUGUUAUUGAAAUGGAUGAACCGGUCACACUCACAUUUGCCUGUCAGUAUCUUAACUACUUCACUAAAGCCACUUCAUUGAGUCCUCAGGUCCAGUUAUCAAUGUCAGCGGACGUGCCCCUUGUAGUAGAGUAUCGUAUCCCAGACAUCGGCCACAUACGCUACUACCUAGCACCCAAGAUAGAAGAAGACGACAGCUAA